UUUUUCAUGAUCCGCUACGGCCCUACCGUGGUCGACUGAGGGUAGUUACCUGACCUAGGUCACUACAGUUCUGAGUACCGACUCACUACUUGCUUGCUUUCCUUCCACUACUUGUAGCACCGCGAGAUCCCGCCACUUGGCCAUCCCGCCGCCUCCGCCUCCGCCUCCGCCUCCGCCUCCGCCUCCAGAAAACCAAGGAAGCUCCCGAUACUCCUCACCGCUCGCCUUCAAUGGGGAGAGGCAAGGUCGAGAUGCGCCACAUCGAGGACAAGAGCACCCGUCAAGUGACCUUCUCGAAGCGGAAGGGCGGCCUGUUCAAGAAAGCGAGGGAGCUCUCGGUGCUGUGCGACGUCGAGGUCGCUCUUAUCGUCUUCUCCGCCGGCGGCAAGCUCUACGAAUUCUCCGGCGGUGAAAGGAACCUUUAGAGAGAGGAGUCUCUCGCGGUGUAGCCGUUCCUGCAUAUCGGGUUCAUAGAGCUGGUUCGAGGCCGCUAGUUGCUGAAUCUCACCUUUUGCGACUCCUAAAGUCUUGUCUAGACUUGUUUUGAUUUUAAUAUUCACAUGAAAAAAAGAGGAGCCUUCCUUCAAAUGCCAUUUUAGAGAAAGUCAUCCAACGCUACCAGGCUCACAAAGAUGCAGACGCUGCAGUUAAUGAGCAUACAAGCGGGACUGAGGUUUUUUUCCAGAUCCC